AUGCCUAAGCAAGUAGAAGUGCGGAUGCAUGAAAGUCAUUUAAGUCCAGUGGAGCACAGAUCCAGGAACAUAUGUGUGCAGUUCUGCCAGUCGCUCCACAGGAAUCUGCUCCUGACUCUUACUGUAUUCGGUGUCAUCCUGGGUGCACUGUGUGGGGGUCUUCUUCGUCUAGCAACACCUAUUGACCCUGACAUCAUCAUGUUAAUAGCCUUCCCAGGAGAUAUACUUAUGAGGAUGCUAAAAAUGCUGAUCCUCCCUUUAAUUAUCUCCAGUUUAAUCACAGGACUGUCUGGUUUAGAUGCUAAAGCAAGUGGCCGAUUGGGUACAAGAGCCAUGGUCUACUACAUGUCCACCACUAUUAUUGCUGCUGUGCUGGGCGUGAUUUUGGUUUUAGCCAUCCAUCCAGGGAAUCCGAAACUCAAGAAACAGCUUGGUCAAGGGAAGAAGAAUGAUGAAGUAUCUAGUCUGGAUGCUUUCUUGGAUCUGAUCCGAAACCUGUUCCCUGAAAAUCUAGUCCAAGCAUGCUUUCAGCAGAUCCAAACUGUCACCAAGAAGGUGCUGGUGCCACCACCCAUUGAAGAACCACCUAAUGUCACUGACUCUGCUUUUGCUAUGAUGAAUGAGACAGUGCGCGAAGCACCACCAGAAGUCCAGCUGGUCAUUAAGAAGGGACUUGAAUUUAAGGACGGCAUGAAUGUCCUGGGUUUGAUAGGAUUCUUUAUUGCUUUUGGCAUUGCUAUGGGGAAGAUGGGAGAACAGGCCAAGAUGAUGGUGGAUUUCUUCAACAUCCUGAAUGAGAUUGUAAUGAAGUUAGUAACUAUGAUCAUGUGGUAUUCCCCUUUGGGCAUUGCUUGCCUCAUCUGUGGAAAAAUCAUUGCAAUCAAGGACUUGGAAGUAGUUGCUAGACAACUUGGCAUGUACAUGGUCACUGUGAUUGUGGGUCUUCUCAUCCAUGGAGGGAUCUUCCUGCCUCUGCUCUACUUUGUGAUAACAAGAAAAAGCCCAUUUUCAUUCCUUGCUGGGAUUUUCCAGGCAUGGAUUACAGCACUAGGCACAGCUUCCAGUGCUGGAACAUUACCUGUCACAUUCCGGUGUCUUGAAGAAAAUCUAGGCAUUGAUAAGCGUGUAACAAGGUUCGUUCUUCCUGUUGGAGCAACUAUUAACAUGGAUGGAACUGCCCUUUAUGAAGCUGUGGCUGCCAUCUUCAUAGCACAGAUGAAUGGAAUUGAGCUGGAUGGAGGCCAGAUAGUUACUGUGAGUUUGACCGCCACCCUUGCAAGUGUUGGAGCUGCCAGUAUUCCCAGCGCGGGACUUGUCACUAUGCUUCUGAUCCUUACUGCAGUGGGUCUCCCUACCCAGGACAUCAGUUUGCUUGUUGCUGUUGACUGGCUUUUGGACCGGAUGAGAACGUCAGUCAAUGUAGUGGGGGAUUCUUUUGGUGCUGGCAUUGUCUACCACCUUUCCAAGGCAGAACUUGACACCAUUGAUUCCCAUCAUAAAGGGCACGAAGACAUUGAAAUGACCAAGACUCAGUCAAUCUAUGACGACAUGAAAAAUCAUAGGGAAAACAACUCAAACCAAUGUGUUUUUGCAGCUCACAACUCAGUCAUAGUAGAUGAGUGCAAGGUACCUUUCACAUUUAUGGAUAUUGAGACAUGUAUAUAGCACUGCAUGCUUUAUUUUAUCUUUUUUUUUAACGUGCAUGUAUUUUUCAAAUUGUUCUGCAAAUAACAAUGUGACA